CUCUACUCUCUCUCUAAAGUCCUUCCCAUUUAGUUUCUUGCUCCUCUCUCUAGGUUACCGUUAUUGAAUUUGACCAUUUCUUGUCUUCCUCAAACACUACACACAAUAAAUUUAAUUUCCAGAGAAUAUGGAUGUUCAAGGCCACAAGAUCACUGCCACUUCUGCGGGGCAUGAGGGCCAUGGAGGAGUGCACCAUUGCCACAGAUGUGGAUGGCCUUUUCCAAAGCCACACCCUAGUUCUAAGCAUAGAAGAGCUCAUAAAAGGGUUUGUGGGACAAUUGAAGGCUACAAAAUCAUUCAUUCAGAAAACUAUUUGGCUGUUUCAGAUGAUGACCGUGCCUCUGAAGACGAUGAAUAUCACACCCCAAGUCCGAAUAUAGUGAAGAAAAAUGCUUUGAGCAGUGGGGGAGAAAGUGGGAAGUCGAACAAAUCAGAAGAUGAUGUGUUUUCAGAUGCAGCAAUGGAGUUUUCAGACAGUGGGAUUAGUCCGCAGUUAGAGGCGCACUUUGACAGCGUGAGGGAAUCAGGCAAGAGUUCCGAGCAUAAUACGGGCAUGGAUGGUGAUGUUUAUGGGAAUGAGGAGCUGGAGAUCAAGGAAACUGCCGAAACAACUGAACAAUCCAAAGAUGCAAGGAGUGAGGAAAUUAGACGGCCUGGACCUGUCUCAGACGGAAAUAGCCACCCAGACAACGUAAUACCAAUAACAGAAACUUCUGCCGAAAUGGUUUCUGUUGGACACUUAAAUGAUUCACAGCCUGAAAGUGGUCUUCGAGGUGAGCUAGUACGUGGACCUGAUGCCAAUGUCCAAGUGCAAGAACUUGUCUCAGCUUCUGUUUCUUUAGACCCUGAAGAAGGUACCAUUCUGGAUCAAAUAAUAGUGGCAGGUGGAAGUCAAGAAGAAUUGCGUGAUAAGUUUGUUUCUGAUGGGACCAAUAAUGAUUUGCUCCCUCCAUCUGAAUCUCUUCAAACUGAUGCUCCUGAUGAGGUUCAUAGUGUAGUCCAUUCUGUCGAAAGAAGAGUCUUCAUCAAAAUGGCUGAGGUUGCCCUUGUCGAUGAGACUCGUGAAAUUGAAGAUGCUUCUGAUUUGAAUAAGGAGCUCUCUCGUUCUACUGAAAACAUUGGGUCCACUAAAUCUGUUUAUAAAUAUAGUUUACCAGAAGAAAAUCUGUUGAGUACAUCUUUGGUUGAGCCUGACGAGAGGUCAGAAGCUUUAGAUGUUACAGAGAAAUCUGAUCUGACUUGUAUUGUCUCCUCGAAUGACGAAGAAGAGAUACCAAAAACCUGCUCAGAUGCAAGUGAUGGAGAGAAGUCUUACAUGGCUGGUGGUUAUGAAAAUGCAAACCAAAGCCUGGAACCUAAGAACUUGAAUUCUGUUGACGCAAGUUCGGCCCUCGGCUUCACAGAUGGUGCUAUUCCAUGUGAUGAUAAUAACAUUACAAUGGAAAAGAAAGAUGUGGAUCAUUGUGAAGAAAAUGCUAACGUCAAAACUUUAAACGAAAAGGGUAAAGGAGUUUCGACAGAAGUAGAAGUAAUCCCUGAUUUUACAGUGCCUUUACAAAUACCGACUCUUCUUCCAAGUUCGUGUGUAGCUGAUGAUGAUGCAAAAAGUUCACAAGUUUUAUCGGAAAACAAUCCAAGUUCAUUGGAAUUUGAACUCAAAGUUGAAGGUUCUGAGAAUUCCAUUAAAGGGGAUGCAGAUUCCGAGGUGAAUGAAAUUGGUUACAAGAGUUCCUCCGUGGAACACCCGGUGCUGCUGGUAACUUCACAGCUGCAGAAUAAUGCCCAUGUGGCAAUGAAUGUUAUUGAAGCUGAGCCUCUAGAUGUUGCUGAAACUGUUACAAAAGUUGAAGAUGGUAAUGCUGUUUUAGUAUCAGGUUCUGAGGAAAAUAGAAUUGGUGACUAUACUACCUCCACGAAUCCCUCCAUAGAACACCCCGUGCCACCAGUGGCUUCAGAGCUGCAGAAUAAUGUCCAUGAGGCAACGAAUGUUGUUGAAGUUGACCCUGUAUAUAUUGCUGAAACUGUUGACGAGAUAGAAGAUGUUAAUGCAGUUUUAGUAUCAGCAGAAACCCCUGAACACUCGAUUUCGACAGAAUCUACUCUGCCACUCUCUGAUUCGGUGCUGUUGAGAGACAGCACUGCUAAAGAUGGUUCCAGCGUCGGAGAAAAUUAUAAAGCAUCAGAAUCAAUUGCCAGCACUGAAGCGACUGCUGAGGGUCAUGAAAGUAAUGUUGAAUCGAGGGAAAUUUUAGAAAACCCUACCCCAAGUGGGCAAGGAGCUUUCCCCACAAGCACAUGUUUUAAUGAUACUUCAUUGGAUGUCAAGCAGUUACUUUCAAGUGAUGAUCUUUGCAUACUGAACUACUCUGGUGACAUUAUUUCUAGUGAAGAACAAUCUUUUGUUGACAAGGUUUUAAAAUCAGAAGAAUAUUUUGAGUCUUCUGAAGCUCCAAGUUUAAAUCAGCCAGUAACUUCACUGUCAGAUGAUGAAGUUCUGCAUGGAACCUCUGAUACGGUUGAUGAUAAGACUGUCGUUAUUGUUGGAGAUGUCACCAGGAUCAAUGCAAAGUCUGUGAUUACUGAAGCUGAAUGCAAGCCAACUAAGCUAACGGAAGAUGCAUCUGCAGCUGAUAUAUCAAGUAGUGUAGCUAGCCGGUCUGACAGCCUGGAAGCGAACUGUGGAUCGGUAGUUUCAGAUACAUUAGAAACAAAUUCUCAGAAGCACAAAAUCCAUUCCAACAAGUCAGAUACAUUUGAACCUCCAUCAUUCAUGACAUUGGUUCAAACCGGGAGUGAAGGAGAUCAAGUUACUACUGCUGCUGAGAACAAUCAGCAACCAAAACCAGAUGCUCUUGAAGCCGGGUGGUUCCCUUCUCUAACAAACAUAGUCAACGAAUCCAAAGGCAGAAAGAAAAACGAGGAAAUCAUAGCCAAAGUAACAAACUGGAGCCCAGUAAAGCAGCAGCAGCAGCAGCACAGCCCUCUCAAAAGUCUCUUAAACGAAGUCAAGUCACCAAACACGAAACAAGUGCCCGUUGCAAAUCAGAAAGUUGAGGCUGAGACUAAAGAUGACAAAGUGGGGUUUGUUGCUUCAGAAACACACACAACCAAGGAUCAGGAUACCAACAAGCACGUAGAGGAGUGGAGCUCUCCAGCAAGAUACUCGGUUGAGAUCAAGAAAGAGAAGAAGAAGGGGCGACCUUUUUGGGUACCAUUUGUAUGCUGCUCUUCUGCACAUGGGGACCUAUGAUCCUUAGUCUUUUCUCUAUAUUUGAUUAGGUGUCUGUUUACAGUUAAAUUAUUGAUUAUAGUUAUCUAAAUUGUGGACAGUCGUCAAUGUGGUAUCAAAUUGUGGGUGUGUGAUUUGCUGUGUGAGCCUGCAUUUGAGAUAGGGUUGAUGCUGGUAACUUGAAAUCAUGAAAUAUUGUCUUCCAGUUGA